AGUACCCAUGAAACCAAAGGAAAGAAAAGAAAAACCCAUUUGCAUCAUGCGUCCUCACUUGGCCUGCCUCCCUCCACGCUCCUCCGUCUCCUACCCCUUUCUCGCCUUCCCCAACUUUAUCCUCGCUCACUUUCCAUCUCACACGACGGCCACACUGACGAGUAGUAGACGGUGAACAGCCUACAGGGAGGAGGCAUGGGGGUAGCCGUGACAAUGGCGAGCUACGCCGCCGUCCUGCGCCCGCACGCCUCGUCGACGAGGACUCCGCGCGGGCCUCGUCGUCCCGCGGGCGCGGUGCCACCUACGCCGCGCCGGGCAGCGCUGCGAGCUACUACGCGGUCUCCUCCGGCUGUCGCUGCCACUCCACCUCCGCGGGAGCGGGUGCAGCAGCAGCAGCAGCCGGGUGACGGCCAGACGACGACGCGGCUCUACUCGCUGGCGCCGUGCCCGCUCCUGCUGGCGGCGCUGCUGCCGGGGGCCGAGCCGGUGCGCGCCGUGUUCGAGCCGUUCGUCGAGCUGGUCAAGACGUGGGGCCUCCCCGGCUGGCUCGUGCACUGGGGCCACCCCGGCAACAUGGCCGUGGUGCUCUUUGCAAUGGGUGGCUACGGAACAUACCUGGGCUUCAGGAUCAAGCUAUCGGAUGACCCUGAAGAGAAGGCCAAGGCCAAGGACCUCCACCCGAAGCUCCUCGCCGGCAUGUUCUUCUUCUUCGCAGCUGGCGCCACUGGUGGAGUCACCGCUCUUCUCACGUCAGACAAACCAAUCUUUGAGAGUCCGCAUGCUGUGACCGGCAUCAUCGGCCUUGCACUCCUUACCAUUCAGUCUAUCCUGCCGACAUUGUUCGAGGGUAAUCCUUCGCUGAGAAAUGCACAUGGACUCCUCGGCAGCGGCAUCAUGACCCUGUUUCUAAUCCACGCAGCCUUCGGGCUACAGCUCGGGCUCAGCUUCUAAUCCUCAGCCACAACAUCUGGGGUUUGCUUCUCUGUGAUUAGCUCUCAGAGGCAUCCCUGUUACACACAUCGAAGAGAAAUGAAACACAGAGAGAGUUUUCUCUCUCUUGUUUUCCCUUUGUUUCUUUUCACCCUGCGAAUGUUGACAAUAAUGUAGACCUGGUGUUGGAUUGUGUAUUGACGACAACGAAUUCCAUCGUGUUGCGCUGAUAA